AUGGAAAAUCAGAUAGCUCGUACAAAGAAAACACCCUGUAGAUCUACCGAAGGCAAGGCUCCAAGAAAGCAGCUUGUUACCAAGGUGGCCCGUAAAUCUGCCCCAACAACUGGAGGAGUUAAGAAGCCUUACAGGUACAUGCCUGAAACUGUUGCUCUUCGUGAAAUCCGUGAGUGCCUGAAGAGUACCGAGCUGUUGAUAAAAAAAGUGCCAUUCCAAAGGCUUGUUCGUGUGAUUGCACACAACUUCAAGAUUGAUUUGCGUUUUCAGGGUCAUGGUAUGUUGGCCUUACAUGAAGAAGUCGAGGCAUACAUGGUUGGAUUGUUUGCAGAUGCAAAUUUGUGCGCCAUUCACGCCAAGCGUGUUGUAAUCAGGUCUAGGGAUAUCCAGUUUGCUAAAAGAAUUAGGGGAGAAAGAGCUUAA